GAUAUUUUACGAAUGCUUUAUUUCUCAUCAACCGUGGCGGGAUUUCCACUUCCUGGAAAAGUCCAUCAUUGUAGCUUUUAGACUUUAAACCCACCGGGCGGGAUUUUUGGACCGUCCAAGUCGUGUGAAAAUAGAAGUUCGCCUGGUUCUGGCUCGUAGGAUAUUGUUGACCUGCUCACCUGUCACUAUUAGAAACCCUGCUUCAAAGGAAACAAGAGCAGCCUUGUCAUUAAGGUAUUCAGGUGCAGACGACUGAAGUUUUGUGUACUUGAACUCUCGCGCGUCAUUCUCGCUGUCAUGUCCGCCAUGGAGAGACUGAAGCGCAAUAAAACAAAACUCAUCGAGGUUUUAUGCUCAGACCACCCAUUCAUCCUCAACAAAGUUCAGGAGAGGAAGCUGAUAACUUCGAGGGAAUACAACAAUCUCAAGAGCAUCAACAAAGCGCACGCGGAGGACCACGUUAUAGAGCUCGUGGACAAGCUGAUGAAUAAAGGAGAAGAAACCUGCCAAAACUUCCUGAAGUUACUGGAAACUGACGACGUUGCUGAAACUUAUCCUGACCUGAAGAGCAUAAAUCUCCAUGACGUUUUACUCCAGCCGGUCCAAGUUACCUCACCUUGCAGUGCUGACAUGGUGCCUGAGACGAAAAGGCUGAAAAAGGAUGAGGUUUAUGAACUCAAAAGCGAGCCUGUUGGUCUUUGCCUGAUCAUCAACAAUGAGAAUUUCCACAGCCUCAAUCAGAGAAGGGGGACAAACAAAGAUGCCGAGCGACUUGCAAAGGUGUUCCGCUGGCUGGGCUUCAAGGUGCUGAUGUGUAACGACCAAACCGGUGACCAGAUGGAACAGACACUGAAGGUAGUUGCCUCUCCUCACAAUGAGGAGAUGCAACUCCAGCUACCGGAGUUGGGAGUUCAGGAAUGGUGCGACGGCUGCCUCUCUGCUCCCCAGCAGCCGGUUCGGCACGGCGACGCCUUCGUUUGCUGCAUUCUGAGCCACGGGUCGUUGGGUAAAGUUUUUGGGGUCGACUCACAGCCUCUGGUCAUUAAAGAAAUUAAAAGACUUUUUGUGGCCAGUAAGCUGCCAGUCCUUGCCGGCAAACCCAAAGUGUUCCUGAUUCAGGCCUGCCAAAACGAGAAGCCGUUGGCAAUACAACGAGGGGUGUUGCUGAAAGAGGUGGAGGAGGAUAGUGCAACAUCCAUUCCUGAGGAAGCAGAUUUUCUCGUUGCUGUUUCCACUGUUGAAGACUACGUCUCCUUCAGAGACCCAACAUGUGGAAGCUGGUUUAUACAGUCGGUGUGUGACCAGCUGGAGUUGCACUGCCCCAGAGGUGAAGACUUUAAUUCAAUCCUGCUUCGAGUAAAUGAGGCAGUGGGCCAGAAGGAGGGCUCCAAAUAUAACACAGGCCGGGCAAAACAGGCACCUGAAGUGAAGUUCACUCUGAGGAAGAAACUCGUUCUGAUGCCUCGUUGCACUUGAAGUCCGACAGCGCCUGCAGAAGAGUGUGGCCUUGAGGACAUUCUUUCUCUAAAUGUAUGUUUAGUGAUGUAUUUUUCACUAUGCAUCUGAAAAAUGUAUAGUGUGUGUAAUUCACUUAGAAUACUGUAUUUUCCACUCUAAUUUUUUAGUCUCAACUUUUGUUUUCCUCUUCCAAAUUUAAAAGAGCCAAAAGAAAAGUGUGUGCUUUAUUAAACACAUAUAAGUACACAUGCCAAAUAUACAACUGCUCUAAAUAUCACAUUCUGGCACACAUCAGUCACUGCACAGCUUAAUUUUCAAUUUUAACAUAUUCAUAAUGUGAAUGCGCAUUGUAAGCCUACAUGUGUAGAUUUAAGUUAUGAAAUCCCAAUAACAAACCCAAUGUUGCUCAAGUGCCUAAAUAUUAUUUGCAAACAGAAGCAAGAUCACUUUUAUGACUGUCGUCAAAUUCAGAAGAAACGUAACCAAUUUAGGAAAGCUUUUGAUUUUCAUUCAUUCCAUUAACUUAGAAUUAUUUGGCUGUAAGGAGGCUCACCUGUGGAGGCACAAACCAGACUUGCACAACUUCUGUCAGGAGCAAUGGGACCACAAAGAAAGCAGACCGAAGUCAGACUGUUUACCCUUUAAAAUACAAGAGAGGGAAAAGGAAACUAUUGGGACUGCGAUCAACUGAUGGCUCUCCGAACCUCCUUUGUUUUUGCAUGGACAUGCCCUGCCUAACACUAUUUUUGUCGCAUAUCAUAUUCGUUUACUCUCAUUUUGUAACAAGUGUUUAUUUUCAGAGCUCUGGUGGUGUCUCGCUGUUACUUUUCCACCAUUUCCUUGCUUUUCCUAAUUCAUUUUAAUUAGCAACAAUACAUUGUUACUUUUUUUUUCUUUAGAGGAAAAAAUAUAUAUGUGUAGAUGCUUUAUUCAUGUUUAAUUAAAAA